GUCCACUGGCUACCUGUCUUCCUUCCGGCCGGGUCCUCUCAAAUGAGCUUCAUAGGAAAGCUGUGCAGCUGAUGUUCGGGGCAGCUGUUUCCUGAUGUUUUCUGGGGGAAAUUGUUCGAGAUUUGGCCGCAGAAACCUGGCAGAGCGCCGGCACCUUUAUCAUUGCCUUCUGCUAGUUUGCCAGUGACUUCCACAUCCUCUGGCUGUGCACAGCCUGCAAGGCAGAGCUAGUGGUUUGUUUUUAUUUUGUUUUUAUUUUGUAUUUCUUUUUUUUUUUAACCCUUUGGAUUACCUGACCUUCUGUCCUGGCGGCGGUGACGGCACGUGGAAGUGGCACAGCGCCCCUUUAAAAGGGAGACAAAGUGUAUGUAAGAAAAUUGAUGUCCAUUUUCCCCUUUGUACUGGUUGUCUUAUUUGGAUUGAAUAUGGCACAAUUGCAAGCAGGAGUUCCGGAUGAAAAAGAAAAAACAACAGCCUUAAAAGAUCUUCUCUCCAGAAUAGACUUGGAUGAACUGAUGAAAAAAGAUGAACCACCUCUUGAAUUUCCAGACACGUUGGAAGGCUUUGAAUAUGCUUUCAAUGAAAAUGGACAACUGAGACACAUAAAAACUGGAGAACCUUUUGUCUUCAACUAUCGGGAAGAUUUGCAUAGGUGGAAUCAAAAGCGAUAUGAAGCUCUAGGAGAGAUUAUAACAAAGCAUGUGUACGAGUUAUUGGAAAAGGACUGUAAUUUGCAAAAAGUAUAUUUACCGAUGGAUGCUACUGAAAAUGAACCAAAGAGUUUUAUUUUCAUGAGCAAGGAUGCUAUGACCAAUCCAGACAAAAUGUUAGUUUUGAUCCACGGCAGUGGUGUAGUAAGGGCUGGACAGUGGGCACGAAGACUCAUAAUAAACGAGGACAUAAACAGCGGAACACAAAUCCCCUACAUCAAAAAAGCAAUAAAAGAAGGUUAUGCAGUUAUCGUGCUGAAUCCAAAUGAAAAUUAUAUUGAAGUGGAAAAGAGUAAACCACUGGCACAGCAGCAGUCUCCAGAUAGCUCAGAUGAGCCCGCUGAGAAAAGGGAGAGAAGAGAGAGGAUUCCAAAAGACAACAAAAAAAAGCGGGACUUCUAUGAAAAAUAUCGAAACCCUCAGAAAGAAAAGGAGACUCUGCAGUUGUACAUACGGGAGAAUGGCAGUCCAGAGGAACACGCGUUAUAUGUGUGGGAUAACUUCAUUUCAAAAGCAGCUGCAGAACAUGUGUUUUUUGUGGCACACAGCUACGGGGGACUUGCAUUUGUGGAGCUGAUGAUUCAGCGUGAAGCUGAUGUGAAAAGUAAGGUCAGUGCUGUGGCUCUGACAGACUCCGUUCACAACAUGUGGCAUCAGGAAGCCAAUAAAACAAUUCGGGAAUGGAUGAGAGAGAACUGCUGCAACUGGGUGUCCAGCUCUGAACCAUUAGACACGUCUGUGGAAUCAAUGCUGCCGGACUGCCCCCGUGUCUCUGCAGGCACUGAGCGCCACGAGCUGACCUCAUGGAAAAGCUUCAACUCCAUAUUCAGGUUCUUCAAGGAAGCCUUGGAAGCCAAGAACACAAAAAGCAAGACAAUAUCUACCAGGCGUUCCAACAGAAUAAAGAGUGACGAAUUUUAAAGAAAAGAAAAUAGUACAGAUUCUGCCCAGCCCUCAUCACAAUGGUUUUUAUCCUAAUCCCUCAGCCCUUCAUUAGAUUGUUUUCCUCCAAGAGCACAUGGUCAAGAUGUAUACAUUUUAAAUAGCGUUUUACAUUAUUUCUACAUGAGUGCAACUGUCAAAGCAAUAUGGGUUCACUGGUUGUGCUUCCUGUGGUCUGCUCCUUGGAUUUCGUGCUGCCCAUCACAGCACAGAUUAAGGCUGACAGCAGAGCUGCACAGUACAGCAUGGUGCAAGUCUAAUUGCCCUGACAUCGCCCUACACUUUUAGUUGAUGCCAUAGCUUGUCUGCUAUUCCACUGCCCUGGGCCCAUUCGCUCACCUUACCUCUGUGGCCUUCCCUGCUUAACUCCUGCAAUGCCAAAUAAGAGUUUAACUGCCUUCACUACAUGGAAGAAAACUAUUUAAUCUUCAAUAUUCCUCUUUUAGUUCUGGGUUUUUUAAUGCUGUAGUUAACUCUUUCUCUGAAAGAAACCUUUGAGCUUUCUAUAGUAGAAUGUUCCAUGUACAAGCUUAAACUUUUCCUUCACAAGAUGAGUAAUAUUUCCAGUGAAGUCUUUUUACUACAGUUAUGUUCUCAAAGUAUUGAAAGUUAAAAUCGUUUGUGCUUAAUAUUCAGUAUAACAAAUGCUUAGUUAUUUUAAAUCAUAACUUUUUUGAUGAAGUUAACAUUUUAAGGCAGAGCAGUAGAAAAAAAUAUUUUUUAAUUGGUA